AUGAGGAAACGCAUGAUUCAAAUUUUUGGCUUUUUGAUUUCGUCACUGGGAUGGGUGUUUGUGUUGUGUACCAUGGCCAUGGACUUUUGGAGGAUCACCCAGUUAGGAGGACAAGGGGGGUCCUUUAUCAUCAAAGUGGCCUGGUACUGGUCCAACCUGUGGAAAGACUGUUUCACUGAUUCCACUGCUGUGACCAACUGUAGAGACUUCCCUGUGCUUUGGAGUGUCACCGCCUACAUCCAAGGAGUGCGAGGACUACUAAUGUGCGGGUUAACUCUGGGGUUCUUCGCUGUGGUUCUGUGCUUUAUUGGUAUGGAUUGCACUUACAUUGGAGGAGGUAAAAAAACCAAGAACAAGCUGCUUUUGGCAGGAUCAGUGUUCCAUGUUGCUGGAGGUGUGUCAGAUAUUGCUGCCUACUGCUUAUAUAUCAACAGGAUUGCCAGAACAACCUUUGCUGCCAAUGUAGGGCCAGGAGUUUUACGGUAUGACCUAGGAACUCCCAUAUUUCUAGGAUUGGUGGGUUGUUUUCUCAUCAUUUUAGGAGCUGUGUUUUACGCCGUGACGGUCUUCAGAGUAAUCUGCCCUAAAAGUCAAGUGGUGUAUGCCUAUGGAGGCGGCACAUACAUGGACCCUCGCUCUAGAGGAAGAACGCUGUACACUGGAUACUACAGACCCUCGGGGCAGUAUGCAUCUUACAUGGGCUCAGGGCGAUCCAACAGCUCCAAGAUCUCAAAGCUCUCUCAGACAACACCAACAAAAUAUUCAGAAAGAGAUGCAUUUGUGUAAUAACUCUAAGCUCUUUCUUUGUAUAUAGUUUUUUUCAUACACAAACACAGACAGAGACAGACAUAGUAGCUCUAAUCUUCUGUAGCUAACUAGCAAAUCUCAACAAAUCUCAUUUGAUAGAAAAACGUCCUUCUCUUUAAUUUUGUUGUUUUCAUAAUCUUUUCAUG